CCGGUCCUCUUUCCAGCUUCCCGUGCAACAUGACCAAGAAGAGGAGAAACAACGGUCGUGCCAAGAAGGGCCGUGGACACGUGCAGCCCAUCCGCUGCACAAACUGCGCCCGCUGCGUCCCCAAGGACAAGGCCAUUAAGAAGUUUGUCAUCAGGAACAUUGUGGAGGCAGCGGCUGUGAGAGACAUCUCAGAUGCCAGCGUCUUUGACUCUUAUGUUCUGCCCAAGCUCUACGUGAAGCUGCACUACUGUGUCAGCUGUGCCAUCCACAGCAAAGUGGUGAGGAACCGCUCCUGUGAGGCCAGGAAGGACCGAACCCCACCACCAAGAUUCAGGCCCGCUGCUGGCGCACCAAGAGCUCCUCCAAAACCAAUGUAAAGUGAAAUCUGAAGAUGCUGUGUUCCUGAAAAAAGAAAAUUAAAACAUCUUUACAAAACUUGAA